AAUCCUGUAAAGAAGAACUCGCACCUAUACUACAAAGGAAAAACUCUGGUUUUAGACCUUGAUGAAACCCUGGUUCAUUCAGUUCGUCUAGGAUCGCCUGACGACAAUCACACGAUUAGUACAUCUAUCAAACGCAAGAAGAUUGAAGUUCAGAAUGAUCAUCAAAGUAUUCUAUAUGAAGUCUACAAACGACCUCAUGUUGACUUUUUUUUAAAAACGAUUAGUCAAUGGUACAAGGUGGUCAUUUUCACAGCGUCUAUGGCUGAAUAUGCGGACCCAGUGAUUGACUGGCUGGACCAGGAUCAGCACAUCAUUUCCCAACGUUAUUUUAGACAGUCUUGUGAAUAUCGUAAUGGUGAUUUUCUUAAAGACAUCUCUCUUGCUGAACCAGACCUUUCAAAGGUGUGCUUGGUAGACAACAGUCCGGCUGCAUUUGGCCUUUACAAAGAUAAUGGUAUUCCUUUGACAGGUUGGAUAUCUAACCCUCAAGACCAAUGCUUAUUGGACUUGCUCCCGCUACUCGACGCAUUGAGAUUCACGGCUGAUGUUCGGAGCAUCUUA